AUGAACGCAUCUGGAUAUUGGGAUCAAUCAAGUUUAAAUGAUCAACAAUCACAACAACAACAACAGCCUUCCAACUCAAGUUCGACACAACAUGAAUUACAGCACCAAUCACAAAUAUCAUAUGAAGAAAUUCAACAAUCAAUCAUAUCAUCAAACACAACCAAUCAACACCAUCAUCAUUUCAUCCAAAACAUAGAGGAAACGAGUGAACAUGACGACAACGAUUCAUAUUCAAAUACAGCAAAUAUGCGCAUUCGUAACCACCGACACCACCAUCAUCACACUGGUAACAACAAUUACCAUGAAGAUGGAGAUAAUAUUAAUGAAGCAGAGGAAGAUGAUGAAAGUGGUGUUGAUGAUGAUGAUGAUGAUGGUGAUGACGAUGAACAACAAAUGAUAGGCACAAACGAGGACGAAAAAACACAACCUUCAUUAGAACAGAUUCAACGAGUAUAUUAUACCAAGGGACUACAAGAAAUUGAAAAUCUCCAAUUGUUUGAUUUAUCCCCCUUGGCAAAUUGGAAAUUAUCCUCAUUUAAACUGGGGUUUGGACUUGCACAACUUCGUGAUGAUUCUCCUGAUACGUAUUGGCAGAGCGAUGGAUCAAAUGGAAAUACAAAUAAUAGUAACAAUUCCAAUAAUGGCAAUUCUAAUAAUGCCAACAAUUCAGCAAUUGUUAACAAUCAAUUGAAUAAUCCACAUUGUAUAACAAUCCAAUUUUCCAAGAGAGUAUCAUUAGAAAGAAUCUCAAUUUUUACCAAUUAUUCUUUAGAUGAAAGUUAUACACCUUCCAAAAUCAGAAUUAUGGCAGGUACUUCGGAAUCAAGUGAUUUAAUUGAAGUUUGUACUGUGAACUUCACUCAGCCAAUAGGAUGGUCCCAUAUUAUCUUCAAUGGAAUCAGGAAUGAUGGUGUCUUGAAAUGCUUUUUGAUAAAAUUGAUAAUAUUGGCAAAUCAUCAGGAGGGAAAGGAUUCACAUAUAAGAGCAAUUAGAUGUUUUGGUAAGAAAUCUAGCAUGUUGAAUAAAAUACACUCGAAGCAAGAUGAACCAUUAGAGGAAGAUAUCGAGCAUAGGGAAAUAUUAAAAGAUAUAAGUAUGGCCAGUGGAUCAACUAGUAUCACGGGAUUGCUGAUCAAUAAUAGAAAUGUACUGGGAAUUACUCAGGAUGAAAAUAUCAAUGAAGAUGGAAGAACCUCGAAGAUUUUAAAUAAUGUUUCCCAUAUUAUUGGAUUUAAUACUGGGUUUGAAAGUUUAGAAUUUAAAAGCAUUUCGUCAAUCCGAUAG